GCCGGAAGGCGGAAGCGGAGAAUGGCGGCGGGUGCGGGCGGGCUGGUGGCCGUGGUUGUGCUGCUGUUGGCGUUGGUCGGGCCGCGCCCGGCGCCCGCCGAGCUCACGGACGGCAACAGCGAGCACCUGAAGCGGGAGCACUCGCUCAUGAAGCCAUACCAGGGCGCGGGCUCUGCCGCGAUGCCGCUGUGGGACUUCCAGGGCAGUACCAUGGUCACCAGCCAGUACGUCCGCCUGACGCCCGACGAGCGCAGUCGAGAGGGCUCCAUCUGGAACCGCGUGCCCUGCUUCCUCAAGGACUGGGAGCUCCACGUCCACUUCAAGAUCCACGGAGCCGGCAAGAAGAACCUGCACGGGGACGGGCUGGCGCUGUGGUACACGCAGGAUCGGCUGGUGCCAGGUCCUGUCUUUGGCAGCAAGGACAAGUUUCAUGGACUGGCUAUUUUCCUUGACACGUAUCCCAACGAUGAAGCCACGGAGCGGGUGUUCCCCUACAUCUCGGCCAUGGUCAACAACGGGUCCCUGACGUACGACCACAGCAAGGACGGGCGCUGGACGGAGCUGGCCGGGUGUUCCGCUGACCUGCGCAACCAGAACCACGACACCUUCCUGGCGAUCCGGUACUCCCGGGGCCGGCUCACGGUGAUGACUGAUGUGGAAGACAAGAAUGAAUGGAAGAACUGCAUCGACAUUGCAGGAGUGCAGCUGCCAACUGGAUACUUCUUUGGUGCUUCUGCUGGCACUGGAGAUCUGUCUGACAAUCACGACAUUAUCUCAAUGAAGCUGUUCCAGCUCAUGGUGGAGCACCCUAUAGAAGAUGAGACGGUUGACUGGACCAAGAUUGAGCCAAGGGUCAGCCUCCUUAAGUCCCCCAAAGACAACGUGGAUGACCCGACGGGAAAUUUCCGGAGCGGGCCCCUGACGGGCUGGAAGGUGUUCCUGCUCCUGCUCUGUGCACUGCUGGGCAUCAUCAUCUGUGCCGUGGUGGGAGCCGUGGUCUUCCAGAAGCGCCAGGAGCGGAACAAGCGUUUCUACUAAAGGAACACCUGUGCUCAAACCCAUCUUUUCUAUGGGGAGCUGUAAAAACUGUGGUUUCUAAACGCUGUUUCUGAGAAAUACCAGAAGUAUUUUCUUACCUGUCUGUAAGUUUGGCUGUAACCCCUGCCCAGCCCUUGGCCUCCAGCAGAUUGGACCUAGGGGGGGUGAUGCCCUCUGGACCCCCAGAGCUGUGGUGUGGGAGCCUGGAGGUUGCUCCCCAGUUUUUUCCAGUGUUCCCCCUCCCAGCUGGGACCUGCCGUGCUGCCUGGGGCAGGUGUGAACAUGAGGUGAGGGUCUGUGGGGAGGGGGCUGUGAGUGGGGCAUUAAAGGACUGACACCA